UAUAGCUCACAAAAAAGUUACAAACCCAAGCCAAAACUUUACAUAUUUUUUUAUUAUAUUUUGUUUAAUUUAUAUAUCACGCAUUCAAGUUUUUUAAAAUUUAUAUUUUUUAGUAUUCAUUUGAUUAAUAUUUGUUAAUGUAAAAAUAGAUAAUGUCUGACGACGAUGAUUGCCAAAUUAUUGAAAACAAUACAAAUUACAAAUCAAUUACUUGCGAAAGAAUACCCGAACUAUUUCUUGACAAAUUAAUUGCUAAAAAACAUUUUAGCAAAUAUGGCAAAAUAUCACGAUUCAUUUUGCGACCAAAUAGAUUUUGUUGCACUGUAGACUAUGAACGCGAAGAAGACGCUACUAACGCGCUUCGCAAUGGAACUAUAUUUAAUGGACAAGAAUUUGAUAUUCGCUAUUCACUGCAUGAAGUUGGUCAUGUCCAAAAUACCGAAGAAUGGGUCGAUCCAGAUGUUCAAGCUGAACUUGAUAUUAUGGGCAAUCAUGCAAGAAGAUUGCCAGCCCCACCUCCAAAACUACCCCCACCCCCUUCACAAUCUAUGUCAGCUUCUAGACAAGUUAGACAAAAACCUGCGAAAAGUCAGAUACAAGAACCACCAACACAAAGAGCAAUUCCAAAUUCGGUCCGGGCCGAAUUGGAAGCAAUUAUCCGAAAACCCGCUUACAACGAUGAGGAGAAAUAUCGCAUUUUAGAUGCUCGAGAUAAACUCAUUCGACUGACAACAGUUCGAACGACUGAUAUCAAAAAGGUCGUCAGUAUUAAGGGCUCUUGUCCGGACAUGUGUCCGGAGAAGGAGCGAUUCAUGAGAGAGUUCCAACAUCAAGUGUCUGGCUUUGAAAUGGAAGAGGGGGGUGGUCGGAAUGAAAUGAAUCACAAUAUUGCCAUUAAAGAGUACUCGAGAAGUAGUGCCGAUCAGGAAGUUCCACUCGCCCAUGAGCUUCGUCCUGAGUCGACACUCAAAAUGACGAUGCAAUAUCUUAUGCAUCGAAUCAUGGGUCUGUGUGAUAUACCAGAUCUGAAUAUCGGCGAUUGGUUCCACUUUGUGUGGGAUCGAACGCGGAGUAUACGGAAAGACAUUACUCAGCAAGAACUUUGUUCCACAGGAGCAGUGGAAUUAGUCGAACAAUGUGCUCGAUUUCAUAUUCAUUGCGCUGCCCGUUUAGUAGCCGAAGAUCCCUCAGUCUUCGACCAAAAAAUCAACACUGAAAAUUUGACUAAAUGUCUUCAAACUCUGAAAUAUAUGUAUAACGAUCUACGAAUCAAAGAUAUUCGAUGUAAGAAUGAAGCUGAAUUUCGUGGAUUCAUUGUCUUACUGAAUCUAAAUGAUGCAAAUUUCCUUUGGGAAUUACAAGAUCUUCCUGAGGAGAUUCAAAACUCCGUAGAAGUCCGUUCGGCAAUUGCUUUCUACAAAUGUAUGGAAAGCAAUAACUACGUAAGGUUUUUCAAUUUGGUUAGGAAGACUUCAUAUAUGAAUGCCUGCAUUCUGUUGAGAUACUUUACUCAAGUUCGUCUUAAGGCGACUCGCAUGAUUAUUAAAGCCUACAAUUGGCCGAGGCAUUCGGUGUCUUUGCCAAUUGGACAUUUGGUGAAGAUACUGGGAUUUGAAAAUGAAGAUGCUGCGUUGGAUUUUUUCUCAUACUAUGGACUUCAGUGUGAUGCUGAUACGGUCCUUUUGGAUAAGAAGGCUUUUGAGCAACCAGAUGUUCCAGUGCUAAUGGAUCGAGCUUUUGAGAUUGUGGAAUCCAAACGACAAGUGGGAGUUGGCGAAGCAGUCUGCGGAAGCCCCCUCGACUCACCAAGCAUUUUCGAAAACCACCAGCUCCAUAAUAGUUUCGAUGCCAAUGGCUAUCUCCGUUAUGAGUCGUUUUUCGGAGAAGACCAAGUUCAAGGUAGUGGAUCUGCAAAGACGACCCCACAGCGUGCAAUGCCAGAUAAGGUGUUCAAAGUACCCUCCGCCUCGCCCCCGAUGACACCCAAACAAAAACUCAAAGCAAUGUUUUCCAACACAAGUCCCAAAGAGGAUAAUGACUUCAAACCUAUCCCAACCCUUCCCCCCGCAACAACAGUAUCAGAAUCAAUUUUCAGCCAAAAUUCAUUCAACCCACCUGCAAAUAGUUCCUCACUCAGUUCAUCAUCAAUCUUUAAAAUUCCUAUGCCAGCACCACCAGUACAAGCACCUAAUGCUCCCUCCUUAUCGAUAUUUGGGAGCAGUUCAAGUUUCCAAAGUAGUUCAGAGAAAAAAGGAAGCAUAUUUGGAGGUUUUAAUAGUGACCCGGAGCCAUCCAAGACCACUACCAGCACAACCACUAAUAUCUUUGGAACCUCAACACAAUCAUUUGCCAGUGAUAGUAUUUUCCAACAUUUCAACUCAAAGCCACUUGAGUUUGAUCUGAUACAACCUCAAAAGGACCCACAACAAGAAAUGAAAAGACAACAGGAGAAAGCCGAAGAAGAGGAAAGACUUCGUCGCCAGCGACAAGAACAACAGGAAAUAACAAGACGAAAAGAAAUGGAAGAAUUGGAACGCCAACGGCAAAUUAUGGAAGACCAAAAAAAUCAAAAACGUCUGGAAGAAAAGUAUCGAAGAGAUGCACUCAUGGAAGUGACGAGGAAUUCAGAAAGAAUCCUCAGUCAACUUUUGGAUGAAGUUCAAGAUGAACUAUUGCAUGAAUUAGCUUCCAUUGAGCUUCACAAUCACCAAUGCCUGGACAAAAUGGCAGAAAAUGUCAUCUCCGAGUUCAUUCUGGAUUAUAUCAAGCAAAUCCAUGCCAAUGAGCUUAAAAUAAUGAGACGGGAUCAGUCCCUUUUAUACAGAUACUUCCACACGUGGCGUGAACUAGCUGAGAAGAGAAAAACCCGUCGAGAGUUGAUUGCAACAUUUCCCAUUUGGAUGACAACAGAUACUCUGGAUGAACAGGCUAAAAAAAUGGCACAUCCUCGACAGACUGAAAACCUUCAAAUGAUCAAACGAUAUCGUUUAGGGUUGCCCUGUGAUUUCAGGGCACUUCUUGGAGAUGAUGAUCAUAAACCUCCCAUAGAUAUAUCCUCUUGCCUGAUGAGACACUUUGAAGAAUCCCAAAAUCAAUUGCCCACAGGGUUCCUAAAGCGAAGAAAAUACUUCAAAUUGGUUAUAUCCUUACCUGGGGAGAGAGAAGAGCUACCUGGAUUCAAUUCCUAUGUCAGCAACUGGUUGGACAAGAAUUUAAAACGAAAGACUUGCGAAUCCACUCCAGCGUUUGUAUGCACCUGUGAGGGUGAUUUGGCAUUGUGUGUUCGUAAAGUAUCAGGAAUUGUCCCAAUGAAUGAAGAAAAUCAAAAAGUCCGCAAAGAGUGUGACCAUGCUGGAGGGCUUAUCUUCAUGAUGGCACCUGGCAAUCUGAGAAACUCUAGAAAACGUCUCCAUCAUCUACUCAAGUUGUCGAGGAUUCAUCAGUCCAUUCCUGUUUCUAUAAUCAUCUACAAUGCCUCCAGUGAUUCCGUAGAAUCAGAUCUUGGCGUAGAUUCCCUUGUGGAUGAUGGAAAGAUAUCAAGCUUCCAAGUUUGUCACAGCAGUGAUCAUAAUAUGAAAAUAGAAUUUCAAAAAUCUCUUCGAUUUUUGUCCAAAAAUGAUACAUCCUUAUGUCCCCUUGAAGCUCAAAGUAUCGAAGGAUUUUUAAAUACUUGCCUGGGAGAUGAAUUAUGGCAGAAACUUUACAAAUCUUGGACUGUAAAUCCUUCAUUUAGGAAAAUCUGUUCAACUCCGAAAUUCCUAAUUAGAAUCUAUAAUUUAGGAAUUCAAAGUCUUAUCCGAGUCAUUGAUGAAGAUUUUCAAGAUUAUCCUGAAUUUCCAGAAGAACUAAGGCAAUUUGUUCCUACUGCAAAAUUUGACAUUCCUGUUGGAUUGGAACAGUUUCCAGCUGAUUGGAAAAAUAUCAAUCGAGUAAAAAAGUUAAUAGAUUUUCUGGGAAAAUUAAAACUUCCAUCGCCACUAAAAGAAGAACUACCUCAAGAAAUUGAUGAUUUAGAAUUGUGGCUUCUUAAUUAUACCAGUGCAUGCAUUCCCAACGACGAUGAUUUGGCCACAAAAGCUGGCUAUAAUGCCAUCAAGUGUUUGAUUGAAGAAUUGAAUAAUGAAAGUCUUCAAGAUAUGCCAUUGGAUCAGCGACUUAAUUGGAUUUCAUGGCUGCCGAUUGUAAGACAGAUUGCUAUAGCUGUUAUGAAUCAGAGAUGGAUGGAGGGAAGUAAAAGAUUACCCCGGGAAGUUAUCUACAAUCGAGAUGAAUUUAUGGAAUUUCAAUCAGAGCCCUGGUGGCUGAAAAGCGAAUCGGUAAAGUCAGUUAAAAUGAUGACUGAAGAUCAUGAUGAGUCUGCAAAUGGUGAAGAAGAGCAAUCACAUUUUGAUAUUGAUUCUAUUAUAGCUAGAGCUGAAAAAGCAUCUUCACUUGCUGAUGAUAAAUUAAAACGAUUACAAAAAGAAGCAACAGAAACAAUAGCAGAUCCUGAAUUAACCAGAGAAUUGGAUGAGACAUUUUAUAAUUUUGAAGUGAACGAGAAGUGUAGAUCAUUUGAGGGUACAAAUGCAGUAAUUGAUGAUGAAGAAGAGGAUUCAUUGGAUCAACCACCGAUGGCUAAAAAAUUCAAAGAAAAUACAGAACGCGAAGAAAUGGAAAGUACAAUGGAACGUGCAUUUGCUAUACUUAAAAAGACAGAAGGUAUCAUGGAUAGGUAUUUUAGACCAUUGCAGCAGAUUCAGUUAGAAGAAGAUUAUGUUUAAGAUAAAAUUUUAAUAACUACAUUUAUAUAUAAUAUUGUGACGAUUAGGAAAAAAAAAUGAUGUUAAAAAAUUUAUUGGAUAAAGUUUACGAAAUUACAUAUUUGAUGUGAA